AGCAAAGAGGUUCUGUAAUCCCUAUUGGAAUCCCUAAGUUCAUUAAUAUUCAAGGUAGAUCUAAAAUCUUUCCCCAGCGGGAAAAAAGCUUUAUUCAAAAGUCAUAUUAAGUAGGAAAACAUUUUUUUUAGUUAUUUGGUAAUUUUUAACCAGCGCCAGAAUACCGUGAUCAGUUUGCCGGUUUUCAGUUUGCAUAUUUAGAUUUGGCCCCUGUCAUCAAGACCCUCCAUAGUUACUCUAAAGUUAUUUUAUAUUCAUUAGAACUGUCAAAAAAAAAUAACCUCACUAUUUUUGAAAUUAAAAUUGUGGAAAUGCAUAGUGGCAAACAUUACAAGGUGCAAAUAGCAGAGUAGAAAUCACAUAAAACUAUUAGGUACAAUCUAGAUCAAGAUAUAUAAGAAACCAUUUGUGACCUGUGAUGCACUUGUAAAGAAAUAUGUAAACAAAACAGCUAAUUCUGCAAAAAGACUGUCAUGACUAUAUACAAAAAUUGUACCACAAAAAGAUAUGGAAAAAGUUUAUGCCACAGCAGCCGCCACUUCUACAGAUCCCAUAAAUAUACAAAAUUAUUUUCAAGAAUAUAAAGCCAUAUGCCCUUUAUCAAACUCCAAUGUCGAAGGUGCUGAAGAAAUAAAAGAUUUAUUAGGAAAUGAAUUUGACUUAGAUUUAAGUAAAGAAAAAAUCGCUUCAUUGGAAGAACUUUGCAGUAUUCACAAGUUGAAGUUAUGUUCUGAACCAAAGGAUUUACCUUUAGAUAAUAUGCCUCAAAAAAAUUACAUUCCAGUUACCUAUCCUAUAACAAAAGAGGCCAAAAUUUUGGAGACUGUAAAAUGCAAAGAAGGAUUUAAUGUACUAAAAAAUAAUUUCCUACUUGAUUUUACAACCAGGCCCAACAAAUCAAAUGUUAACAACAAAAUGAUAACCACACCUCAAGAUAUUGAUCCUGGAUCAACUUUUAUUUACAACAUCUUGGUCUAUCAGCCAUUUAGCACCAUGACAGGACAAAAACUUAGUAUAGAAAAUCUCAGGAUCAUGUAUGAAAUUGAAGCAAUUGGAUUAAACACAUUAUUGGAUAUAGCAAAUGCCAUAAAAUGCAUCUCCGACUUGUUCUGUUUUAAAGAGGUAGAAAAUACAGAAGCAGAUUUAUCAAAAUUAGUAAAUGCAAAGGAAAUUUAUCCUUCAAGGUGUUUUUUUAUUGAAAAUGUUUUUUAUAAUGAUCCUCCACACGGAAAUGCCUCAGUGUAUUCCUCUGUUGUUAUAAAAUGGGCUAAAGAAAAACAUAUAGGAGACUUCCAUGAUGAAACAAUGGAUACACCCUUAAAUAACCUUAAACCAAGAUUAGGCUUUGGUUAUGUUUACAUCCAUCAAGGCAAUUGCGAACAUAUCAUUACAUUUUCAGAUGCUCGCAUGAUACAAAACAAUGACAGUUUAAUAUCCUCUGAGUAUCCAAAAAUAAUUUCGGCUAAACAGCAUGCAAAUCAUUUAUGCUUUAUUUGUCAGUAUAGUCAUUCCUCUUGGAUGGUUAUGGACAGUGAUCGUUUACCAAUUAGAAAUGCAUUUUUUUGUACCAAAUGCUGCAAGUCAUAUAUGUUUGUUAAUGGAAAGAAGCUUGGUAGUUUCAGAUUGUAUCCUUAUUAUGACAGUGAAGUACUGGCAAGAUAUUCAGUGGAAGACGAAAUAAAGUGAAAACAAAGCAGCAAUACAAUAAAAAAUUGAAU